AUGAAGUUGUUGCUGUUAAUAGGUUUUAUAAUAGCGAGCUGCAAUGCUCAGCUGAAGCAAGAAAGGCGGUUUCCGGAUGAUUUUCUAUUUGGUACAGCAACAGCGGCUUACCAGAUCGAAGGAGCAUGGAACGCAGACGGCAAGGGAGAGAGUAUUUGGGAUCAUAUGACCCACAAUAGGCCUCAUGUCAUUACGGACAUGAGCAACGGAGACAUCGCAGCAAACUCUUAUUACAACUACAAGCGCGAUGUUGAAAUGAUGAGAGAACUUGGAAUCGACAUUUACAGGUUUUCUAUUUCAUGGCCCAGAAUUCUGCCAAAUCCCCUAGCUCCUAGAAAUGUCAACCAGGCUGGCAUUGAUUUCUACAACAAUUAUAUCAAUGAAAUGUUGAAAUACAACAUAACACCCAUGGCUACGCUUUUCCAUUGGGAUUUACCUCAGAAGUUGCAAGACCUAGGUGGUUUCAUGAAUCCCAUGUUCCCUGAAUGGUUUGAAGAUUACGCUCGAGUUGUUUUUGAAAAUUUCGGCGAUAGAGUUAAACUUUGGAUUACAUUCAACGAACCCAGAGAAUUUUGCUACCAAGGCUAUGGCGCUUAUGAUUUAAUUCCCCUCCUAAAUUUUACCGAUAUUGGUACAUACCACUGUGGUAAAAAUCUUUUACUUGCUCACGCAAGAGCCUACCAUGCUUAUAAUAAUGACUUCAAGCCAAACCAGAACGGCGAGUGUGGUAUUACUAUUAAUAUAAGCUGGUACGGUCCGUUGACAGAUUCAGAAGAAGAUCAAUAUGCAGCUGAACUUAGGAGGCAAGGAGAGUGGGGUAUAUACGCGGAACCAAUAUUUUCUGAACAAGGUGGUUUCCCGAAGGAGUUGGCGGAGAUCGUUGCAAGGAAAAGUAUCGAACAGGGUUACUCAAGAUCUCGCCUGCCUGAACUUUCUGAGGAAGAACGAAAAUUCAUCCAAGGAACUUAUGACUUCUUUGGUAUCAAUCAUUAUACGGCUAGUCUCGUAUCAGCUAAUGAAUACAAAACUGUUAACCCCGUUCCUUCCUUGCUGGACGAUGUAGAUGUUGGUAUAUACAAUCCAGACGACUGGCUCCAAUCCGCUUCAGAGUGGCUUAAAAUGGCACCAGAUAGUGUAUAUAAUACCCUGACACAUCUUAGCGAUAAAUAUAAUAAUCCUCCGUUUUACAUAACUGAGAACGGUUGGUCUCAGGUCCCAGAAGUAGGGUUAAUAGAUGACGAGAGGAUCUUGUAUUACAGGGCAGCGUUGAACAGUGUAUUAGAUACUCUUGAAGCUGGCGUUAAUCUUAAAGGCUAUAUGGCUUGGAGUUUAAUGGAUAAUUACGAAUGGAUGGCGGGAUACACAGAACGUUUCGGCUUAUACGAAGUAGACUUCACGAGCGAAGCCAAAACUCGCAUGCCGAGGAAAUCUGCGUUCGUUUACAAGGAGAUCAUAAGGUCCCGCGUGAUCGACCCUGACUACGAACCAGAAGUCUCAGUUGGCGUCUGUCCAGAUUUAUUAGAAUUCUUGCCAAUUUGGCAUCAAUUUCUGGCAGCGCCAACUUGGCUUGCCUACAGUCCUCAGUUUCGGACCAUAGUCUCUACACCGGUAGAAACUGCCAUGAUUUUUUUGUACAACGUGCUCAAGGGCCAAAUUGAACAACAUAGACGACAGAGCAUCUCCUUGUUUAAGCCCAGUUACGACGUCAAAUUCUUUCGUCAAGUCGUUAUCCACUCGGACCCUCAUUCUGCUUAUACUAGUGGCCACUCGAAUCAUGUGAACCAACUUGUUCGGGAUUCCGAAAUCACCACGGAUGUUAUACAAGAGUUGAAUAUUUGUGCUAAUAGUUUGUGUUCUGAUCCUCACCACUUUACACUUUUGAAUCAGAUGUACAGCACCUUAAUUAGUGUACUGAAGGAUGCUGCACAAAUUACAUAUGAAGACAAUAAACAACAAAUUAAAAUGGAUAUGUUAGCUAAAAGUCACUCGGGUAAAGAUUUUAAGUCAUUUUGGAAGCUAACAAAGAAACUUAAUCCGGGGUCGGGCCGCCCUGUGAGCGUAGCAGGUGUACACGACCCUGUUGAUAUAGCCAACUUGUUUAAACAACAUUUUAAAGUAGAUUCACCACUAAGGCAAUCUGUCCGGGUGCCCAGUGUUGAGUCCGUUUCGGGUGAUAUCACCGUCAGAUUUACCGAAAAAGACGUUGCCACGGUUAUAUCAUCUAUGAAGAGAGGUAAGUCACCCGGCCAUGACGGUCUCAGCAUUGAGCAUUUGCAACACGCAGGUGUGCACCUGCCUCGAAUUUUAGCUAUGUUUUUUAACCUUUGUAUAAGUCACUGCUAUUUACCUAAAGACCUAAUGUAUACUGUGGUAGUACCAAUUGUUAAAAAUAAGACUGGGGAUGCAUCUGAUAUUAAUAACUAUCGGCCAAUAUCUCUGGCGACAAUCAUGGCCAAAAUACUGGACAGUUUGCUUGACAAACAAUUACUUAAAAACAUUAAUCUUAAUGAUAAUCAGUUCGGCUUUAGACCUGGUCUAUCCACAGAGAGUGCAAUUUUAUGUCUUAAGCAGACUGUCCAGUACUACACUAGCAGAUGUACCCCCGUGAUUGCCUAUUUUUUAGACCUGUCUAGGGCGUUCGACUUGGUUGAUUACGGGGUUUUGUGGCAGAAACUUCAUCGUGAAACCACAUUACCACGUGAAAUAAUCAAUAUCUUUGGUUAUUGGUACAAUAACCAACUCAACAGUGUAAAGUGGGGGGAAUCAUUUUCAAAUGUUUACCGGUUGGAAUGCGGAGUGAGGCAGGGGGGCCUGAGCUCGCCUCGUCUUUUCAACCUAUACAUGAAUCAUCUGAUCGAUGAGCUCAGUAACAGUAGCAUAGGGUGUCAUGUGGACGGAGUGAGCAUCAAUAACAUUAGUUAUGCAGAUGAUAUGGUGUUGCUGAGCCCAUCGGUCAGUGCAUUAAGACGAUUACUGUCUAUAUGUGAAGUAUAUGCUGAGGCUCAUGGACUCAAGUACAAUGCCAAGAAAAGCGAAAUCAUGGUUUUUAAGGCGGGUGCAAAAGGUUAUAAAACCAUACCUGAGGUAUCGCUCUGCGGAUCACCGCUACUUAGGGUGACCAGCUUUAAGUACUUGGGUCAUUGGGUAACCGAAAACUUAGGCGAUAAUAAGGAUAUAGACAGGGAGCGAAGGUCACUGUCAGUUCGCUGCAACAUGCUGGCUCGCAGAUUUGCACGUUGUACAGAAGAUGUCAAAAUAACUCUUUUUAAAGCCUUCUGCCAAUCGUUUUAUACGUGCAGUCUGUGGACCAGCUGUAGCUUGCGUGCUUACAGUGACCUCCGCGUACAAUACAAUAAUGCGUUCAGGAUGCUGCUGGGGCUGCCGUGGCGCUGUAGUGCCUCACUGAUGUUCGCGGAAAGGCGCGUCGAUGACUUCAAAGCUAUCAUGCGCAAGAGUUUGAUAAUAGCGGCGUGUCAAGCGCACCCGAGGCAAGAAAGGCGUUUCCCGGAUGAUUUCUUGUUCGGCACAGCCACUGCCGCUCACCAGAUUGAAGGAGGAUACAAUGCUGACGGCAAGACAGAUAACAUUUGGGACCAUAUGACUCACACCAAGCCCCAUGUAAUCAAGGAUAUGAGUAAUGGAGACAUCGCUGCCAACUCUUACUACAACUACAAACGUGACGUUGAAAUGAUGAGAGAACUUGGACUCGAUGCUUAUAGAUUUUCUUUUUCUUGGUCCAGAAUUUUACCUAAUCCGCUAGCCCCUUACAAUGUCAACCAGGCUGGCAUUGAUUUCUAUAACAAUUACAUCAAUGAAAUGUUGAAAUACAACAUAACACCCAUGGCUACACUCUAUCACUGGGAUUUGCCACAGAAGUUGCAAGACCUUGGUGGAUUUUUGAAUCCACUGUUCCCUGAAUGGUUUGAAGAUUACGCCCGAGUUGUUUAUGAAAACUUCGGUGAUAGGGUCAAGUUAUGGUGGGGACUUUAUGCCGACCCGAUUUUCUCCGAAGAAGGCGGCUUCCCGAAGGAAUUAUCAGACGUCGUUGCAAGAAAAAGUUUAGAUAUGGGUUACAAAGAGUCACGUAUGCCAGAAUUUACUGACGAGGAAAGACAAUUAAUCCAAGGAAGUGCAGAUUUCUUCGGAGUAAACCAUUACACUGCAAGUCUUAUAUCAGCAUCUGAAUAUAAAACAUUCUAUCCCGUUCCCUCAUUGUAUGCUGAUAUUGACGUUGGUAUCUACAGACCACCAGAGUGGCUUGAUUCUGCAUCAGAUUGGUUAAAACUGGCACCAAACAGCGUUUACAACGCGUUAACUUUUCUGCACAAUAAAUAUCCGAAUACUGAAUUUUACAUAACAGAAAACGGUUGGUCUAACUAUCCAGAUGCAGGACUAAUAGACGACGACAGGAGUACGUACUACAGAGCAGCAUUGAACAGUGUUUUAGAUGCUCUUGAAGCUGGAGUUAACAUUAAAGGCUACAUGGCAUGGAGCUUAAUGGACAACUUCGAAUGGAUGGAAGGAUACGUAGAACGUUUCGGCUUAUACGAAGUAGACUUCACGAGCGAAGCCAAAACUCGCACGCCGAGGAAAUCUGCGUUCGUUUACAAGGAGAUCGUAAGGUCCCGCGUUAUCGACCCUGACUACGAACCAGAAAACCUGACCAUGUGGAUCGACGAAGGACAUUAGAUAAUUUUGUUUCGUGAAGACUGAGAAAAUAACUUAUUUAAAUAAACUAUUUAAAGUA